GAAUGUGUCUGAUGAUGUUCAGCAGUUAUUGAAGCAACGCUUUGCAAUCCUGCUGGAUGGAACGAAGCCGAGGUGGCACUGCUACAACUGCAAAUGGUCCUCGACCCAGAAAGGGUACUGCAGGCCUUUGGAGCAUGUGUGCCUACAAGUUCUUCUCAAGGAAGCCACUUACCGGCAGCUGCAUGGUCUUCAGCGAAAUGUAGACUUGAAAGCGGAAGUCAUAGAGUUUCUGGCUGAAUACAAACAGAAAGGAAACCGAACCCAACCUUGCACGAUUCCAUUGGACAAGGAAGGCAUCAUGCGCUUGUGUCACAAGGGAUGGCCAGCAGCUAUUUUCAGAGCCAAGUUUGAGCAUUGGGUCCCCUUUGAUUUCGACUACCAGGCGGUCGAUGUGAACAUGGCCCCGGUUGCUAACGCUUUGAAUGCUGAACUGGAUCAAGAAGAGGCAGAACGGAGGCAUGUGCUGGCGACUGCAACUUGGUCCUCAUUCCUAGGCUUCAUUGCCCAGGACUAUCGGCAGCCGACCCGUCAACGUAUAGAUGAGUUGUGCGAACAAAUGUCGAACGAGGUGGACCAGAAACUGGCUGAAAAGCUUCAGCAUGAUGGCCCAUGGUUUGUGACUGCUGAUGGUGCGACAUCCAAGGGGCACUCCUUGGUGACAAUUGAUUGUACAAAUGCUCAAGAUGAUGUUAUCCAUUUGGCACUGAUCGAUGGAGGUUACAAUCGCUUAGACGCCGUAUGGCUGAAGCAGCAGCUGCGUGAGCAGCUGGAGCGGUUGCCUGCUGUGGCUGGCGUGAGUCAAGACACGGCCCGCGUUUGCAAGAAGGCAUGGAAAGAGCUCCACAGAGAUCUUCGGGCUGGAAAUCCUGCAAGGUGGCGCAGCCUAGCUUAUAUCGAUUGCGGAGAACAUGUGUCCCAGCUUGUGGCUGCAGACAUGGCGAAGGAAAUCCCUUGGCUACAGGAUGUCCUCGGCAAGGUCCACAAAGCUCAACGGGUAGUGGUGCGGAAAAAACGAGCCAAAGCUUAUGUCCUUCAUGUGCAGAAAGAUUGGUUGAAGAAAGGCCGUCUCCCGCGAUUGAGAAAGCUCCGUGUUGUCCGGAAAACACGGUUCAAUAGCAAUUGCCGCACCCUGGACAGCUUCCUCGUGAAUGCCAGCUGCAUGCGGCAGAUUGUGGACGCUGCCGACUUUCAGAAUGCCAUGAAAGCACGCUCUGUGGAAAAGAAUGCCAAAGUUGAGGCUCACCUGAAAGCGUGGACGUCAAACGCAACCUUUGAGCGGGCCAGACGUGCCCUGGCAAUCUUGGGUCCUGCUGCGGUUCUUUGCCGUCAAGUCGCUACGAGGGACUUCUUUAAGUGCCUGCCUUCGUGGCGAAAAGCUCAAUGCAAAAUUUUGGAAUCCUUGGCCACUGAAGAUUUUGCAGAUGCGAGGCUUCGCGAGACAGGAGAUUGCAGCUUGUUGUGUCCCGGCUACUUGUUAGCUGAGUGCUUGCGCCUUCCAAAGGUGCAGAUUUGCAUUGGCACAUUCUUGCGUGCGGCUCCAGAGUUGCCUGCUGCGCUUCCUGAAGGUGUUGUCCUGGCACCUUGCAAGCCUGGACGCCCUGCAAAGGGCACAGUCCGGCCUCCGAAACCGCCGACUGGCAGGUUCGGUGGGCAAGCUUUUCGAGAUGCAGAAGCUCAGAUCAAGAUGCUCCAGAAAAAUAUGAAAGAGCCCUGCGUGCCCAAGAAAACGUUCGUGCGUUGGGCUCGUGACGUCUUGGAAAGCCAGCGUGACCCCAAAGGUGCGAUGCUCAAGAUGACCCCCGCUGCAAUCGACACUUUGCAGUCGGCUUUGGAGGACUAUGGUGUGCAGUUGAUGGUGCGUGGAAGCAUUGUUGCUCACCAUGCCAAAAGACAGACCGUGACUGAGAAGGAUUUGGAGUGCUUGGCCAAGUUGGAUUCUGCCAACAGAGCAACUCUGGCGACACGCCAACAGAAGGUACGGGAAAUCUUGGAGAAGCGUGGUGCCUGCUACCAGACUGUCGCGCACAAAGCUGCCUUUGCUUUGGAUCCUCGCGUUGUCUCACUUCUUUCUGACCCCAACAUGGAUACCUUGGCUGGCUUUCCAGUGCGUGGGCCUUGGCAGGAUGCUUUAAGCUGCACCAUGUCUGAGUUCAUUCCAAUGUUUUUUGCAGUGGAGGCGGGCGGAGCUAGAAGAAAGAAGAAAUAUGAGACAGCGGACCAGGAAGCGGCCAGACAUGCCGCGGAUUCGUAUGUACAUCGUCGCGGAGUGUUUGCUCAGAUGGCCUUUCCACAAUUUGGUGCUCCCAAAGCUGAUGUUCUCGUUUUUUUUCGCAGUGGGCAACCAAGCCACCUGCUUCGGGAUAUGGGCAUUCACUUGGCUACCUUGGGAGGGAGUCAAGGAAUGUCGGAACGCAGCUGGGCCAGAUUGUCAAGGCAAUGCACCCCAAUCAGAAGCAAUUUGUCAGCAAACUCCAAAAAAAAGUUGCUGAAACUUGCCACGAACUGGAACUUGUUGUAUCCAGAAGUUUUCAAUGCAUGGAAGUUGCGACGUGACAAGAAAAUUAAGAGAAAACGAAAUACAGACUUUGUACAGUUGCCUCGCCCAGCAGGCAGAAGCCAAUCUGGGCCUGAAGCGGCUCCAGAAAUCCCUGUUGUAAACCCGGCUGUUGGUGACACUAGCAGCUCUAGCAGCUCAAGCUCCAGCAGCAGUAGCAGCGACUCUGAGUUGCCUGUACUGUCUGACGACG